UCCCACUGGCAGUGGCUCCACCGCAGGGUUUGAUUCGUGUUCCGGCGGCUGAUGCAGCCUUCGCGCGGACGGAGUCAGAGCAACCAGCGGACCAGCCAUGACCGAGAGCUCCACGGCCAAGCCCACCGACGAGGAAGUCCGCCGGCGGGUCCGGGUGAAGCCGGCGACCAACGGCUCGCUGGGGAGCCACCAUCGCUGCCAUGACGCCGCUCACGACUGCCGCCCCGAGCAGCAGCACGGGCAGGAAAAGAAGGUCCAGGCGAACGGCGGCCUGUACAAACAGCCCUUCCUGGAGUCUUUCGAAGAGACGCCCAUGGUGAUCGCCGUGCUCACCUACAUGAGCUACGUCGUUCUCACCUUCUUCGGCUACUUCCGGGACUUUCUGCGUCGGUGGAACAUUGAGAAGUGCUGCAUCGCCACGGAGCGCGAGGAACAAAGGGACUUUGUGCCGCUGUAUCAGGACUUCGAGGACUUCUACACCCGAAACGUCUACAUGCGCAUCAGAGACAACUGGAACCGCCCCGUGUGCAGCACACCCACCGCCAAAAUGGAGCUGGCAGAGCGCGUUUCCCACGACUACAACUGGACGUUUGAGUCCACCGGUCGAGUGCUGCGCGACGUCAUCAACUUGGGCUCGUACAAUUACCUCGGCUUCGCUGAGAACGUCGGACCCUGUGUGGCCUCUGCGGCUGAGAUCACCGAGAAAUACGGCGCCGGCGUUGCCAGCACGCGGCAGGAGCUGGGGAAUCUGGACCUGCACGAGAAGAUGGAGAAGAUGGUGGCCGACUUUCUGGGCGUGGAGUCGGCCAUGACUUUUGGCAUGGGCUUCGCCACUAACUCCAUGAAUAUACCUGCGCUGGUUGGCAAAGGCUGUUUGAUUCUCAGCGACGAGCUGAACCACGCCUCCCUGGUGCUCGGAGCCCGACUCUCCGGUGCCACCAUCAGAGUCUUCAAACAUAACAAUAUGCAAAGCCUGGAGAAGCUGCUGAAGGAAUCCAUCGUUCAAGGCCAGCCCAGAACACACCGACCUUGGAAGAAGAUCCUCAUUCUGGUGGAGGGCAUCUACAGCAUGGAGGGCAGCAUCGUGCGCCUGCCGGAGAUCAUUGCUCUGAAGAAGCGCUACCGGGCCUACCUGUACCUGGAUGAGGCCCACAGCAUCGGGGCUCUGGGGCCCAGGGGCAGAGGUGUGGUGGACUACUUUGGCCUGGACCCCUGCGACGUGGACGUCAUGAUGGGGACUUUCACCAAGAGUUUCGGCGCAGCAGGCGGAUACAUCGCUGGGAAAACGGAGCUGGUCAACUACCUGCGCUCCAGAUCCCACAGUGCGGCCUACGCCACCUCCAUGUCGCCCCCUGUGGCCGAGCAAAUCAUGACAGCUAUGAGGUGCAUCACCGGAGAAGACGGAACCACGAUAGGCCGGGACCGUUUGCGAAGACUUGCGGAGAACGCCACCUAUUUCCGGAGGAAACUUCGGGAAAAGGGUUUUGUCAUCUACGGCAACGAAGACUCUCCAGUGGUGCCCAUGAUGAUCUACAUGCCAGCGAAGCUCGCAGCGUUUGCCAGAGAGAUGCUGAAGAGAAACAUCGGGGUGGUGGUGGUGGGCUUCCCAGCGACCCCCAUCAUCGAGGCUCGCGCACGGUUCUGCUUAUCCGCCGCCCACACGAGAGAGAUGCUGGAUCAGGCGCUGAGUGCCAUCGACGAGAUGGGAGACCUUCUGCACCUCAAGUACUCCAGACGCCGGAUACAGCCGCCCCCGGCGCGGUCAUGUGACGCCGACGUGUAUCAGGAGAUGGACGACUGACGACGGGCCGGUGCGACUUAAAUCCAAGCAGGUCUGAGAUACGAAAGUGUUUUUCUCCCCCUGCACUCAGAAGUGGCUCCGCAGCUCUAUCCAAGUAUAUGCACUUAAAUCAUCUACGUGAGCACCUCCGCUUCCUCCGCUUCCAUUUCAACGUUUCCGAUAACCGUCUGUGUUGGGACUAACCCGGACGCCCAUCGGUUCAGAAGCAGUUGAUCGACCCAAACAAGUAUUGUGUGACGAAAGUGUUGAUGUGGUUCACGUGGAAAGGAACCAAAGGUUUGUUUACCGCUCCAGGUGUGUCGCCACCUCUCGUGCCUUCAAUGCAAAGCCUAGUUUCCCAAAACAGAAUCACGAGCGUCUCGCGCAGAUCCUCGAAUUGUUACAGUGUUUUGCUCUCCGUUUACUAAUUGCCAUGCAUUUGUUUACAGAAUGCUCCCGAUAUGGUUUGCUAAUUAAGGCCGUUAUUGUGUUCUGAUUUCCGUAGUUUAUUAAAAUAUUGGAAACACUGA